AUGGAGACCGAUGGAGACCCGACGACGAAGAUGGCGGAGGAGCUAGACAGAGUACGAAUAUCAGCUGCAGAACUAAGAGCAGAGGCUUCAACAUUAGUUACUCGUCGAGAAAAUGUCAAAGAGGUGCGAGAGGAGAAGCGGCCGAGGCAGCGGGACGGGCAGCGUGACGGGCAGCGUGACGGGAAGCGUCCGGACCUGCAGCGCUACCAGCCCACCGCCGGGCACAAGCACAAGGACGGCGUAGACACGGACGACUCGCAGCAGGCCCCGUCUCAAUCGGACCCGGCUCCAGCAGUGGACCAAGACGGGUCAAAGAUGGACAUGCCAGCCUUGGGGUCGGACCGCCCUCGCAGCAAUGCCAAGCCCCGGGCACACAGGGACUCUGCCCACCAGGAGGAUGCGGCGGCGCCCGCUGCCGAGCAGCAGCUGUCGGAUGCCGACCUCAGCAACGUCAGCGUCGAGGGCCACGGAGGCCCGGAGCUGUCUAGCAGGAAGGGCGUCAUCGUGAAGGACGGCCCGGGCUCAGACCAGGGGCUGCCCACCUCACCCAGACACGCGCGGAGAGCACGCAAGCCCGACCGCCAGAUAUACCAGGCGGGCGGGCGCCGGGCCAAGGGCGGCGCGGACGCGGAGAAGGGCGGCGCGGACGCGGAGAAGGGCGGCGCGGACGCGGAGGGCUCCGGUCCCGGCGGCGAGAUGGAGAAGGGCAGCCGGGAGGCCGAGCUCGGCCACAAGGACGGAGACGGACGGGAGGCGGAGGCUGUUGCCGUGACGCCCGGGGACCCCGAGGAGAGCCGAGGCUCCGCCGAGCCGCAGGGCAAAGGGAGGGACGAGAGGGGCAAGGGCCGGCGCGGCAAGGACUCCAACAGGAAGCAGGAGCAAGGGGACACCUCCCACAGGAAGCAGGAGCCAGGGGACACCUCCAACAGGAAGCAGGAGCCAGGGGACACCUCCAACAGGAAGCAGGAGCAAGGGGACACCUCCCACAGGAAGCAGGAGCCAGGGGACACCUCCAACAGGAAGCAGGAGCCAGGGGACACCUCCAACAGGAAGCAGGAGCAAGGGGACACCUCCCACAGGAAGCAGGAGCAAGGGCGCCAGAGGAGAGACGGAGGGCCGUCAUCAGGAGCGCCCCACGAGGACCCGGCGAGCGUGGACACGCUGGCCAGCAGAGUGGAGAGGCUGAGCGUCGGAGACGGUCCGGCGGCGGACGGCGAGGGAAAGAGGGGAGGGGACGGCGAGGAGGGACGGAACAGGAGGCGGCGGUCCGGCAACGACGGCAGGAAGAGUCGAACGAGCGGGGGCGGAGCCGAAGUGUCCUCGACGCCGGAGGGGGCCAAUAGGAAGAGGGAGAGAGGAGGCCGCAGGACGAGAGGAGGGGAGCGGCCGGCGCAGAGAGAGGGCGUGGCCAACGAGAAGGGGAGGAGCUCAGCGGCGCAGUCCGAUUGGCCCAAGAGAGAGGCCGUGGACAACGAGAAGGGGAGGAGCUCAGCGGCGCAGUCCGAUUGGCCCAAGAGAGAGGCCGUGGACAACGAGAAGGGGAGGAGCUCAGCGGCGCAGUCCGAUUGGCCCAAGAGAGAGGCCGUGGACAACGAGAAGGGGAGGAGCUCAGCGGCGCCCCCAGAGGCAGACGCGCACAGAGCAGCCAAGGGCCGCGAGAAGCCGCAGCUCAGAGACGCUGAGCGGCAGCCGAAGGACAACAGCAUCAGGGCGCGGCGCAGAGACGGGGAGGCGGAGCGGACGGACGACGGCGAGCGCAGCAAAGCCAACAGGACCAAAGCGGCGGCCGCCGCGGCGUCCAAGCGCUACUCCAAAUCGGACAUCCGGCGCGCCCGCACCCGCACCUGCAGCACCAGCUCCGCCAGCAGCGGCACCAGCCUGGACGGCCCACUAGAGGGCGACAGACGCAGAGCGCCCGCGGGAGACGUGGGCGCUCGGGAGCGAGCGGAGACGGGCUGCAGAUCCUCCGCACCGCACGGUCCUGCCACCAGAGCGGCGCCGGAGAGGAGGGAUGCAGCGCGGCCCAACGCCAACCAGCGCCGGCACCAGCACCAGCGCCGCCACAACAGGGACGCGUCGUCCUCCGACUCCCUGGAGGAGUUCCGCUGGGAGAGGGGGCACCAGCGCAGGGCCCGCGCCAGCGACGACGACUGGAGCCCAGAGCGCACCCCCGGCGACAAGCCCGGCCGCGGCCAGCGGGGGGGGUCCGUGUCUGUGUCCGUGUCCGCGUCCGCCGGGGGCCGAGGAGGCAUCCUGAGGGUGGCGGUGGACAGGCAGACGAGUUCCGCUCGCGCCAACUCAACACCCGCCGCUGACGACCCGCCGGGCAGGAGGCAGAGCGAGGCGCCUCGCGGGCGUGGCAGGGGCAUCCUGGUGCUGCCCGCGCACACCGACCUCACCCGCUCCCCUGAGCCCGGGCCCAAGCUGUUCGGGGGCGCGCGCUGGAGUCGGGGGAGGGGUGGUCGCGGGGGGGGCACCCGGAGGCUCUGGGACCCCAACAACCCCGACCAGAAGCCGGCCCUGGCUGCCCCCCGCGGGCAGCUGCCCCAGCACGGCGCCCAGCACCCGCUCUACGUGCUGCCGCACGGGGGCUACGGCCCGCUGCACUUCCACGACACGGACGACGAGGCCGCCGGCAGCCCUCCGGUCCACAAGGGGGAGCACUUCAAAGCCCACCCCAACUCCACCGUGGCCUACUACAAGUUCCAGAACUCGGACAACCCCUACUGCUACCCGGUGCCCGCCGACGCCUCGGGCACGCCCCCACGCUACGCCUACCCGUACGCCGUGCCCUACUCCGGGGACCUGUACCCGUCCCCGCCCUACUACAGCUCGUACGGGCCGGCCGGGCCGGGCCUGGUGCCGCCGCUGUCGCCGGAGGAGCAGGAGGAGCAGGCGCGCGGGGAGCUGGGCCGCAUGCGCGCGGAGCUGGGCCGCAUGCUCAGGGCCGCGCUCACGCAGGAGCUGCAGCUCAGCAACCUGCUGUCCAGGGACCACAUCAGCCUGGACGGCCUGGAGCGCAUGGCCCAGCUCAGGGCGGAGCUGUUGACCAUGUACGAGCGAGUGCUUCUGACCGACAUCGAGUUCUCCGACUCUCAGAACCUGGACCAGGCGCUGUGGAAGAACGUGUUCUACCAGGUGAUCGAGCGGUUCCGUCAGAUGAUGAAGGAAUCUCCUGCCGACACGCCUGCUUACGUGCGCAACAUGCACUUCACCGUGCUGGACGAGGGGGCGGUGUUCUUUGACGCGCUGCUGCAGAAGCUCCAGACGGUGUUCCAGUUUAAGCUGGAGGACUACAUGGACGGCAUGGCCAUACGAUCGCGCCCGCUCAGGAAGACGGUGAAGUACGCCCUGAUCAGUGCCCAGAGAUGUAUGAUCUGUCAGGGUGACCUCGCCAGGUACCGGGAGCAGGCCACCGAUUCUGCCAACUACGGCAAGGCACGCAGCUGGUACCUGAAGGCCCAGCAGAUCGCCCCCAAGAACGGCCGUCCAUACAACCAGCUGGCCCUCCUGGCCGUCUACACGAAGAGGAAGCUGGAUGCCGUGUACUACUACAUGAGGAGCUUGGCCGCCAGCAACCCCAUCCUCACCGCUAAGGAGAGCCUGAUGGGGCUGUUUGAGGAAGCCAAACGCAAGACGGAUGACGUGGAGCGGCGUAAGCAGCAGGAGUCGGAUGGGGCAUCACGCGGCCCGCGGGGAGGAGGAGGAGGGCGUGGCAGUGUGGACCACACACGGGAGGAGAUCUGGAUCCGACCCAGCCGGCAGCCUGGAGGGUCCUGGCCCGAGAGUGAGUCCGGGAAAGACUCGGAGCUGGACGGAGAGCUGGGAACACUCAGCUCCAGAGACCUCCAGAAGAGGUUCAUCCUCAGUUUCCUGCACGCCCAUGGAAAGCUCUUCACUAAAGUCGGUAUGGAGUCGUUCCCUGCUGUGGCGAGUCGGGUGCUUCAGGAGUUCCGUGUUCUGCUGCAGCAUAGCCCCUCCCCCCUGGGCAUGACACGCCUCCUGCAGAUCAUCACCAUCAACAUGUUCACUAUUCACAACGCACAGAGCAGAGAUGGAGACGGGGACGUUCGGUCCGUGCUGCAGGAGCAGGCCACAUCUCUGGGCUUGGCCAUGUUCGGCCUGCUGGUGCAGCGCUGCUCACAGCUGGUGAGAGAGGCACCCACAGACGCGGUGUGUGUGGAGGGCUGUGAGGCGGGCUCCAGCUGUGAGUGUGGCGUGGAGAAGAUGGUGUGUGUGUCCGCCUUCUCGCCCGACCUGCACGAGCUGCUGCCCAGCGCCAAGGUCUGGUCUGAUUGGAUGCUGGGCCACCCCGAGCACUGGAACCCCCCGCCCAUGGAUAGCAGCAGCAGUGCUGGUGUGGGCGGUGCGAGUGUGUGGGUGUGUCUGGCGGAGCUGUGUAAUGAGCUGGCGCGCGUGUACCAUGACGAGGCGGCGCUCUACAAGGUGGAGGGGGAGGGGCUAGAGGAGGAGGAGGAGCUGCAGCUGCUGCUGCUGGAGGAAGAUCGACUCCUCGCCGGCUUCGUCCCGCUGCUCGCCGCGCCGCAGGAGCCCUGCUACAUCGACCGCUCCACACGCAGGGCGAUCGCUGCAGACUGUAAGCGCAUCACGCAGCUGAAGUACUUCCUGGAGGCUUUGUGUGGACAGGAAGAGCCACUAUUGGCCUUCAAAGGAGGGAAGUACGUCUCCAUGGUGACAGCCCCCACACCAGCCAAUCAGCAGCUGCAGAAGGAGAAGCAGAAUGAUGACGUCAUCGUGGAGGCGGAGUCUUCCCAGUCUGGCUCAGAGGAGGCGGAGCUUGGGGUGGUGGAGGCGGGGCCAGCAGACGGCAGUGAGGAUGACAUCAAGGAGCUGAGGGCCCGACGACACGCGCUCUCUCAGAAGCUAGCGCAGCAGCAGAAACGCAGGGACAAGAUCCAGGAGGUGCUGCAGACGUGUCGUCGUCUGGAGCUGCGGGUCCAUCCGGUGUACCUGGUGCCCGACACCAACGGCUUCAUCGACCACCUGGAGGGCCUCCGCAGCCUGGUGGCCUGCAGCCUCUACGUGGUGGUGGUGCCCCUCAUAGUGAUGACGGAGCUGGACGGGCUGGCGAAGGGGCAGCAGGAGUGGCGCGAUGGCGGCGGUGCCCACGUGCGGCAGGUGCAGGAGCGGGCGAAGGAGGCCGUGGGCUUCCUGGAGAAGAGCUUCCAGGCCCGAGAGCCCUGCCUACGCGCCCUCACCAGCCGCGGCAACCAGCUCGACUCCAUCGCCUUCCGCAGCGAGGACAUCUCAGCACAGAAGGGCACUAAUGACGACGUGAUCCUCAGCUGCUGCCUGCACUACUGUAAGGACAAGCCCAAGGACCUCGUGCCCUCUCAGGAAGAUGGGAAGGUGCGGCUGCGUAGGGAGGUGGUUCUCCUGACGGACGACCGGAACCUGCGUGUGAAGGCGCUGACGCGGAACGUUCCGGUGCGCGACAUCCCUGCGUUCCUGCGCUGGGCCAAAGUGGGCUGAACGCACCGCGUCGCCAUAGCGAUGUGCACCGGGAGACAACACUCGACUCGACUCAACAUCCACGCUACCACGUGGAGAGAGAGCGACGAAUGAACAACCUCACAGAGCAGCAUGAAGGAGGGAGGGAGAGAGAGAUGGGAAGAGAAGAGAAGAAGAGGAAGAGGGAGAAUGCCUCAGGGUUUUUUUAAAUGGCGUUUGGGAGACUGAACUUCAGAGGAAAAAAAGAAGCUUUGAAAGGCAGAUGAAUUUAUUAAAGGAGGAAAAGCCAGGCGAGUUAGAAGCUCUUCUCUUUCCCAGCUGUGUCUGUUGCCACAGGAAUGAAUGAAUGAAUGGAGGGAGAGAGGAGGGAGAGAAGGAGUGAUGAGAGAGGAGGGAGUGAUGCUUGCUUGCCAGAGGUGAGGGAGGUUGCCGAUGAGGUCAUGUAGUGGGCUCUAGGCAACCAGUCACCUGCAACAAGAACUCUUUAGCUGUUUCAGAGAUUUUAGGGAAGACCAGCUGUGUGUGUGUGUGUGUGUGUGUGUGUGUGUGUGUGUGUGUGUGUGUGUGUGUGUGUGUGUGUGUGUGUGUGUGUCUGUGUCUGUGUCUGUGUCUGUGUCUGUGUCUGUGUCUGUGUCUGUGUCUGUGUCUGUGUCUGUGUGUCUGAGAGAUAGGAUUGACAACGCGUGUGUGUGUUCUGUGAACGUGUGUGUGUGUGGUUGGUUAGACCUCUCUGCUCACAUGGGCGAGUUUAUGCAGGUGGGCGUCUGUACCAGAGGCCUCCACUAGGGGGUGCUGUGAGAGCAGCUCUGCACUGGGUCUCAGAGCGCAGCCUGGGGCGCACCAUGGACCCUUGAUGAAGGGGCCGGGGGGGGGGCAACCCUCACGAGGCCAGGGAGACGACACGGGGGGGUGGACAGCCCCCCCCAGACACUUCCACAGAGCCAGUGCGGCUCUGCCUGGAGUUCCAUUUAGUUGUGUUCCAUCGCCUGUCCUCCGCACCCUGUUGUGAGGCCAGCACGGCGGAACUCUUUAGUGCUUAAAUGUUUACUGUCCCUGCGGAACUGACAGAGUAAACAUGACGUUUUGUUUCUUUGUUUGUUUGUUUGUUUGUUUGUUUUGGCAUGCACGUUUGUUUGCUUUGGGGCAUGUUUGCUGUUGCCCCCUUGUUGUGGUUCCACUGCGGUUCUGCUGUUUGAGCGAUUGUGUUCUUUUUCUUCUUUCUUUGCAGCACCUAGAGUAAUUGCUUUUGUUAGAGGUGGUGUUUUGAGCUUUGUGGUUGUUUUGUGGCACAAGGUUUGCUUUAAUUUCGUUUCUUUUUCCCCCAUUUGUGGUGUUUUGUUUUGACGGGGUCCUGUUUUGUAAAGGCCUUUUGUCUGGUGCAGGUUUUAAGGGCGGUUAAGAUCCUGGUUUAGUCCUCUUCAGCCCUGGCACACCUCAACUGUUCACACGCUGUUCACACACUCUUUGAUAAACUCAUAACGUAGUGCACUCUAUUCUUUAGAUAUUGUAUGGUGCCCUGUGUGUGUGUUUGUCAUUUAAAAAUGGAUCACAUAGUUUAUAACACAAGUCGACAGUCUUGAUAUGAUUCUAAUAUGUGCAGUUGGCUUCUGAGUUGAAUUCCUUUGGGAAUGUGUACAUACCGCCUGAAAUGGACCAGUAAGUGUUGCCAACAGCAGUACCUAUCAGUCCAAAACUCCGCUGAUCUAAUGUCUUGCCACUGAAUAUCAGUAAUCAAUAAUCAAUAUACAUAUAGGAUUGCUUCAUAUCUAUGUAGUGCUAUGCUUGGUUAAACGGCAUCGGACUUGGUUUGUUUCAAUACAAGUUUGGUCUGAAGCGGAAUCUGGAUUUUGUUGAGAACGAUGUGUACAAAAACGUGAUUGAAAAGGUGGCUUUCAAUAAUAAUAAAACUGACGUGCACAUGUAUUUGUGUACCACAGAU